AUGAUUAACGCCGUCCUCGUAUUCAAUAAUAAUGGCCAGCCCCGGUUGACCAAGUUCUAUACGCAGCUGGACACGCAAACACAACAAUCUCUCAUCGCGCAAAUAUACCGUCUAGUAGCGCAGCGUCCAGCUAGUGCUUGUAACUUCCUUCCGCUCCCACCACUCCUCUCACAGGGUGCCAGCUCCUCCGCCUCCGGACCCUCCGAUGCCCCCACCCAAAUCACAUACCGCACCUACGCAACGCUAUCCUUUAUCAUGAUCUCAACGUCCACCGAGUCCCCGCUUGCGUUGAUUGAUUUGAUUCAGGUGUUUGUCGAGGCGCUGGAUCGCAUGUUCGAGAAUGUCUGCGAGUUGGAUCUUAUCUUCGGGUAUGAGACUCUUCAUGCUGUGCUGGGUGAGAUGAUCGUUGGCGGGGUGGUUGUUGAGACGAAUAUUGAUAAGAUUGUUGCUGGUGUGCGUGCUCAGGAGGGAUCACUGGGUAAGAAGAAGGCUGUUCAGGCUGCUAGCAGUAGUCUGGGUCGUGGGGCUUUGCCUGGGUUGGGGGCGUGGAGGUGA